AUGAGUAAUAAAAUAUGUUUUCUGAAUUCAUUUGCCUCAAAAAAAUUUUUUUGUUUAAAAUCGUUUAAUAAAAAAUUAAUUUUUUUAAAGAAACAACUACGUCAACACUUAUCAAGAACUCUAGCUGAACGUAUUAACGACACAUCUAAAAAGACUGUUACAAAUCAAGAAAUUGCUGAACUCUCCAAUUUUUUCGACGAUUUAUUUAAAGGCCAAACAAUGAUUUCUUGUCGAGACAAUUUUGAAUUUAAAUUGGAAAAGGAAAAUAAACAACAAAAUUUUUAUGCAAUGAUGACUAUUUGUGACAGAUACAUUGAACAACUUAAAUGGGAAGCAGAACUUGUUGAUCAAACACGUUUAAUUAUUGUUUUACUUAUGAAGAAUCAACCAUUUUUCUAUGAAAUUUUUUGUGCUAGAAUUGUUGCUUCUUUAAUGCUGAUUUCUUUUGAUUUGGAGAAAAUAAUAAACAAAAUCGAUUUAUUCGAAAAAGAAAAUCCACAACAAACCAAUUCAGCACUUUCCCAUUGGAUUUCUGACGAACAAAUAAUCUUCAAAUUAUUUUGCAAAGUUCAAUUAGCCUUAAAAUCUUCAAAAAUAAAAGAAAAUAUGGAGGAAAAUCAACAAGAAAAUUUUUGGAUUAAACAGCGAGGGCCGAAACUUUUAAUUAUGUUUUUUGAGGAAAGUGUUAAAAUGGCUGAAGAUGUUCCCCUUUGUUCUCCUUUUGUUUUGGAAGAAAUGUUAAAAAAUGUAAGAGGUUUAGAAAAUUUCUUUAAUUUAUUGGGAAGUGGGUGUAGGGGGGGGGGUGGAAAAAUUUUUUUGUCUGAUUUUUGCGGACGAACAUUUGCAGACACUAAUUAA